AUGGGAAAGCACAUCUUGCUGCUCCUGCUGGGCCUGUCUUUGCUGGUGAGCUUCUUGCAAGCUUUGACAUGUAUCACAUGUGAUAGGCUCAAUUCUCAGGGGAUUUGUGAAAGAGGAGAAGGUUGCUGUCAGGCUAAACCUGGUCAGAAGUGUGCCUCACUUGUAGCCCUCAAAGAUGACAAAAUUCAGUUUGGAAACCAGAGAUGUACCGACAUUUGCUUCCGUGGGACUCGUCCGUAUGGAAAUCAUACAGUAAAAAUGAAGUGUUGCAACAGCAGGUCUUUCUGCAAUAAAAUAUAUGUCUGA